AACUGGUCAAAUUAUUUUUUCUAUUGUGCUCCAAUUUUAAUCAAUAGUUUUACAUUUCUGAUGUUGUUAAUGUUUCUUUAAUAUGUCCUACUCAAAUCAAUUGCAGACAAACAUCAGUGUUGAACUGCAGGAUCAGGGGUUUCUGGAAAUAAUGCUGCUUUCCAUUGUGACUACAGUGCCAUGCUGUGUGUUUCUCUUCAUUAAUGUGACCUUGUUAUUCACCUUGAGGAGUAAACCAGUGUUUUGUGACACCUCUCGUUACAUUCUGCUGUUUAACCUCCUUUUUGCAGACUCUGUUCUGAUGGCAGAGGGUCAGUUAAUGUACAUAAUCGCUGCUUGUAAAAUAACAAUGACGUAUCCUGUGUGUGGCUUUCUCAACAUGCUUGGUUAUCUCACAAAUAAAAUCUCUCCUCUCACACUGGUGGUGAUGUGUCUGGAGAGAUUUGUAGCUGUGUGUUACCCACUGAGGCACGCUGCCAUCAUCACCGUCAGAAACACAGGGGUGGCUGUUUGUGUUGUUUGGGCCUUCAGUUCACUCAGUGUUUUUAUCCAAGGUCUUCUAAUGUUAAAAUUUCCAUUUGCAGAGCUGGAGAGUCUGCAGAUGAAUGAUGUUUGUGGCAAAGCCAAUACGAUGUUUGAUCCAAUAGCUGCUGAUUAUGAUAAAGUCUAUAAUUCCAUCCUGUUUGUAUUAGCUGGUGUAGUAACCAUUUCCUCCUAUAUUGGUGUGAUGAUAGCAGCCAGGUCGGCCUCCACAGACAAAGCUUCAGCCCGUAAGGCUCGUAACACACUGCUGCUGCAUCUGGUGCAGCUGGGCCUCAGUCUCUCCUCAACUGUGUACAAUCCGUUGCUUGUGUCUAUCUCCGAGAACCUGAACAGUGUUAUAUUCGUGCGUAUCCAGGGUGUUAUUUAUGUUUGUAUUAUCAUCCUUCCCAGAUGUCUGAGUGCUCUCAUCUAUGGUCUUAGAGACCAGACCAUCAGACCCGUCCUCAUGUACAAUCUCUGCUGUCAGAGAUUCUCACCUUUGCUCUCAGUCGCCCAAACCAAAGCUAAAAUCAACAAACUUGUCACUUAAUAGAUGGAAUUUCUUUAUUAUUAAUUAUUAUUAUUAAUUCAACUUAAUAGACAAUUAAAAAUGUUCAUUUUAAAAAGUCAAGUGAGAUUUGCUGAUGCUCUUCAUUAUGUGUAGUGUAUAAAUAUUUACAUAUAGUACUAUAUCACCUCUUCCUGAUUGUGUAUGGUUCAACACAUAGUUGUGUUUUUCUUGAAAUGAGAGCAUCUAUAUGGCCAUCCUCUUGGUUUUCGUCAUAUUCAGGAGUAGGUGGUUCACUCUGCACCCCACAGCAAAGCUGGCAACAAAGUGAUGACUUAUGACCACAGAAUUAUUCCACGUUGUACUAGCAAUGGUUUAACUUUGUCAAUAAACUUGAUCAGCUCAUCCAGACUUAAAGAAGUUGCGUGUUUAAUGGUAUUUAUUCGUAGUGCCAUGCCCAGCGGAUCAAAAGCCUAUUUUAGAAUCCAGAACCAAAACUAAUUUCUUAAUAUGAAUACAUCCAAUGAGUUUAUAGUUUUAUACCUGGGCUGACACGAUGUCCACAUGAUGUCCCAUUUUAUGCUCUCAAUGUGAAUGCACUACACAUUUACAGUAUGUGGAUGUUUUGCUGAAUAUUGCAAUGCAUAAAAGUAAACAACCCAAAACUGUUACAACAUAAAUUAAAUGUUAAAGAUGGCAGUAAUGGACAUGUUACACUAAGACAAAUAAAUAUCAGGAUUAAAUAUCAAAUACUUUCACAUCACAGCAAUAGACACAACAACAAACAAAAAGAAAAAAUAGCUAUUUUAAGUCUAUCCAUCCAUGAGCAGAUUGUCAGAAUUAGAAUAAGAAUAAUCAGAAUCAGAACUCUUUAUUGAUCCUCGAGGGGAAAUUCUUGUGUCACGGUUGCACAUGUUGGACAAGGCAUAAAGGAAUAGAAAUAAUAAUUGAAAGUUGGGAAGAAAUAUAUUCAUAUAAAAAACACAUUAACAGAAUUGCAAUGAUGAACAGGAGUAGUGAAUAAAUAGUACUAGUAAUAAUGAGUACUGGUAUGAUAUGUGAUGUUCUGUAAAAGGAACUAUAUAUAUACACUGGAUGAAGUUAGUGUGGUGGCCAUGGUGACGAGGUUAAAGUCACCUGAGAUUAUGAGGGCACUCUGUGUUGAGUCUGGAGUUGAGAAUUGCGGUGUAAAUGACGUUAAAUGCUGACAUCAGGUUGGCAGAGGGCCGGAUGUAAACUGCUACAUUGAUGGCAUGUUAGAAUAUGGCCCACAGAAUAAGUCCCACAGCAAGCUGAGUCUGCAAUAUGAGAGCAAAUGUGAUGUAGGAGUGUAGUAUUGGUGUGAGGAGAUCUCGUGCCACUUGCAAGAUCAGAAUCAGAGUCUGUCCGGGGUGGGAGGAGUUUUAGUGUUCUUGCAAACAGGUUCAUGUCGGAUAAAGCAGUGUUGUAUGGGGUACCCCAUGGGUCCGUCCUGAGACCUUUCUUAUUUCUCCUGUACAUUCUCCCUCUUGGACAAAUUAUCAGACGGUUCAGCGAUAUAUUUUACCACUUUUAUGCGGAUGAUAUUCAGCUGUAUUGCUCAUUUAAGGCUACAGAUCUCCAUAAAUUAUCCGCACUAGCAAACUGUUGGAGCAACAUCAAGCGCUGGCUGAAUGAGAACGCUUUGCAACUGAACACAGAUAAGACAGAGACAUUAAUUAUUGCACUUGAUAGCAUUACCCCUUUGAUCAAGCAAUAUUUGGGUGACCUGGGCUUGUCUGUGAAACCGAGCCAUAGGAACCUAGGUGUUGUCCAACUAAAAAACUGCUUCUUCCAACUUAGGAACAUAUCCAAACUAAGAUCAAUGGUGUCAAAGAUAGAAUUAGAGAUGAUCAUCCAUGCCUUCGUAGCCUCCCGUUUAGAUUAUUGUAAUAAUUUUUACAUGCAUGAGUAAUAAAGAACUCACUCGCCUCCAAGCUGUCCAGAACUCAGCUGCUAGACUCUUAACACAUACAAGCAGAAGAGCGCACAUUACUCCAGUCCUAUCAUCCCUUCACUGGCUGCCAGUUCAUUUUAGAAUUCAUUUUAAAAUCUUGGUCCUUACAUUUAGAGUGUUGCAUGCUCAAACUCCCUCUUACAUUUACGACCUGUUACAGCAACUUACUCCUCCCCGUAACCUAAGGUCAUUAGGUCAGAGGCUGUUGGUAGUUCCCCUGACCCACUUUAAGACCAGAGGAGACCGGUCUUUCCAAGCAGCUGCACCCAGUUUGUGGAAUGCACUCCCCACUUCGUUACGCACCUUAAACUAUGUUGUUUCUUUUAAAAAGCUCUGUUAUUCAAACAGGUGUUUGCUAAACAUUAAGCUUGGUUUUAAAGUUGUCUGCCAUAUGUCAAUAUGUUUCUGGUGUUUAGCUAGAACUGUAUUUUGUUGUUUUAUUGGGAAGCACAUUGUGAUAUUUUUCUGUGAAAAGUGCUAUAUAAAUACAUUUUACUUACUUACUUACUCUUGACCGUCUCCAGAGAAGUUUUUGACUGUAGUGGAAAGUUAAUAGAGUAUUUUUUGAGAAAGUUUAAAAAGCUGGUGAAGGUGGGGACCAGGCUGAAACUGGCCCAGCCUGGUCGUACAUCUGAUCCAACAGGAUCCCCCAGUCAGAGCUGGUUAAUGUUACUCGGGAAAGGGAGGUUUUGGGUCCGCUGCUUCCCCUGAAACAUGACCCCGGAUAAGCAGUUGAAGGUGGAUGGAUGGACAUGCUGUUGUCUAUCUUUGCCAGGUCUGUCUCGGAAAAUAGAUUUUUAAUGUUAAUGAGCCUUUCCUGGUUAAACAAAGAUGUAAUCUGAAACAAUAAUAUAUAUCAAGACGUGUACUAAUGCAAGUGUGUAAGUCUGUUUGCAGAAAUGUACUGACAGGAAGUCUACAGCGGAUGGUGUGACUGAAGGAAAUGACACACGGAGUGGACAACAACAACAAAAUAACAGGAACCGAGUCCUGGCCCUGAGAGGCGACUGAGCUUAAUGUACAUAGUUCCUGGAACAGUACUGUACAAUAAUAUAUGUGACGUUGAUCACGUUUCUGCACCCCCUUUCCCUUUAGAGCAGCAACAUGCAUGUAACUGGGGAACGCCCUGAAUAUAAUAAAAAGAGAGGAA